UUGACGCUCUGCGCUCAAGCGAUCAAGUUGAUUUGUUCAUCUUCUCCAUUUUCGUGACGCUCGAAAAGUAUCUGAAAACCGAACACUCAAAAACUAUCCACGUAAUUCACUCUUGCCAUUCAAGAGAAAAGUGUAAUUAGUUGAUGUAAUUGAAUUAAACCGUUUGCUAAUUUAUAUUACAAACAACAACAAUACACAUAAAGCGCCAUUCGCUAGAGACCAUCAGCAGGUAUGGCUGAAGCCCAUUCGGCCGUCGCCUUCUCGUUUGCGAUCACGCACGAGGGCUUCGACAUCAACUAUGACCACGAGGUGCUCAAUCUCGUCUUUGCCUCGGGCGUGCGCUCCUGGAAGAAGCGCAUAGCGCGUGCCAGGAAUGGCAUACGGAACGGUGUUUAUCCGGCUCACAUACAAAGCCUCUGGCUAAUCACGGCCAUUGCGCUGGGCCUGCAUUUUGCCGGCUAUCAGGCGCCCUUCAACCUGACCAACAAAAUCCUCGUCUAUUUGCCCAGCAACACGAUCAACUGGCAGAUCACUGCCUGCUUUCUGACCGCGCUUACCGUGUGGCUCUCCAUAUGCUUUACGAUGCGCUACACGCUCAAGCUGCUGCUCAUGUACAAGGGCUGGAUGUACGAGUCGAGAGCGCCGGGCAGCCGUGUGUCCAUACCCACCAUGCUCUGGGUGGCUGUGGUGCGUGUGCUCUCCAGUUGGAAUAAGCCGGGCCUCUACAGUUUCCAGGGCUCGCUGCCACGCCUACCGCUGCCGUCGGUGCACGAUACGAUGAAACGUUAUUUGCGCUCCGUGCGCCCUCUGCUGGAUGAUGAGAACUAUGAGCGUAUGACGGCAUUGGCCAACGAGUUCGAGAAUACAAUUGGUAAGAAACUGCAACGAUAUCUGCUGCUGAAGAGCUGGACGUCCACGAACUAUGUUUCGGAUUGGUGGGAGGAAUACGUUUACCUGCGCGGUCGCAGUCCAUUGUGUGUGAACAGCAAUUUCUAUGGCACCGAUGCCAUCUUCAUGAAUCUCACCAACAAUCAGGCGGCUCGUGCUGCCAAUGUCAUCUCGCUGCUGCUCAACUUCAGGCGUCUGAUCGAGCGUCAGGAGCUGCAGCCCAUCAUGGUGCAGGGCAUGAUACCGCUCUGCUCGUGGCAAUAUGAGCGCACAUUCAACACGGUACGCGUGCCUGGUCUGGAAACGGAUCGCAUCGUUCACUACCGCGAUUCCAAUCACAUUGUGGUGCUGCACAAGGGCUGCUACUACAAGAUGCUCAUCUACUAUAAGGGACGCACUCUGCGCCCCUGUGAGCUGCAACUUCAAAUCCAGGAAAUACUCGAUUCUAAGGCCACUCCCUUGGAGGGUGAGGAGCAUUUGGCUGCUCUGACGGCCUGGAAUCGCUCCAAGUGGGCCGAGACACGCAAUACAUACUUCUCGUACGGAACCAACCACAUUGCGCUGCGUACCAUUGAAUCGGCUGCCUUUGUGCUGUCCCUGGACGAUGAACCGUUCGAGUUUGAUCUCAAGCGUCCCGAAUUGCUGGACUCAUUCGGCAAGAAGCUGCUACAUGGCAACGGCUACAAUCGUUGGUUUGACAAGAGCUUCACCGUCUGCGUGGGCACUAAUGGACGCGUCGGCUUCAAUGCUGAACAUACUUGGUCUGACGCUGCGAUCGCCUCACACAUGUGGGAGAAUCUGAUCAUUGAUGAUUUGGAAAGCGAUGGAUAUGAUGAGACAGGCAAUACGAAGGGCAUUCCAGAGUUCACACCGCCCACGCCCACGCGUCUGCAUUGGGACUUGAAAGCAUGCCUGCCACAGAUUGAAGAGGCCACCAUCUGUGCCACGAAGCUGUGCAAUGAGGUCGAUCUGCGCAUUCUGGUGCACCAGGAGUACGGCAAGGGCUUCAUGAAGAAGUGCCGUCUCUCGCCGGAUGCCUUCAUACAAAUGGCCCUGCAGUUGGCCUACUAUCGGGAUGCGGGACGCUUCUCGCUGACCUAUGAGGCGUCCAUGACGCGUCUGUUCCGCGAGGGACGCACUGAAACUGUGCGACCUUGCACCAUAGAAUCAAGCGCGUGGGUCAAGGCCAUGGAGAAUCCAAGUACAACGAACGAUGAGCGCGUGGAGCUGCUAAAGAAAGCGUGCGAGCGCCAUCAGCUGGCUUAUCAGGAUGCCAUGUGCGGAAAUGGUAUUGAUCGCCAUCUGUUCUGCUUGUAUGUUGUCUCAAAAUACCUGGAAGUGGAUUCACCCUUCCUCAACGAGGUGCUCAGUGAACCCUGGCGCCUGUCCACUAGUCAAACGCCCCAUGGCCAGACGCCCAAGAUGGAUUUGAAGAAGCAUCCAAAUUGCAUCAGCGCCGGCGGUGGCUUUGGACCCGUCGCCGAUGAUGGCUAUGGUGUCUCCUAUAUCAUAGCCGGCGAAAAUUUAAUAUUCUUCCAUAUCUCAGCAAAGAACACGUGUCCACAAACGGAUGUGCACCGGUUCGCAAAGAAUAUUUGCCAGGCUUUGGCCGACAUUCGCAGCAUGUUCGAGCAGCACAUGAAGGAUCAUCCGAAGCCAGCCAAGUCCAUCACUAAUGGCGUCUCUAAAUAAUGAUUAGUCCUAUUUGUAGUGAAACUCUUGCGAGAUUCUUGUUAGCAUUUGUUUUUACUUCUCUAGUUACUUGUUUUACCAAUCAUCAAGCAUAUUGUCUAUUAUAAGUUUUCAAUUUAAGCGCAAAAGUGUUCCGAAACAAAUUAUAAAA